CCCCAACAUUCCUUUUGUUUAAUUGGUUCUUACAAAUUAUUUUAAUAUAAGGAACCUUCCUUGUUCCUACUUCAAAUUUAAUCACUUUUCUUUGCACAUAAUGCAACUACCAUUUCACUACCUUUUGGUUCUUUAACCAAUUCAUGAAUCAUGCUUUUGCAGCUCAACAAGAUAUAAAGAUUUUUAUUAUAUAGUUUUUUUUUUGUUUUUUUUAAUUUAUCAUCUAUAUAGUUUCUCUCAUUCUUUUCUUUCUCUUCAUCAAAAAUAAAAAUAUGGAUUCUUUUAAACAUAUUUGGGGUGCUCCAGAAGGAUGUAGCAGCAGUGAAUCUGGUUGGACUAUGUAUAUUGAUUCUCCCAUGCAAGAAGAUGAUGCUAGAUGCAGCAAUGAAAAUGAUGGAUAUAAUUAUAAUCAUCAUGAAAUCUACGGCGAAAAAAGUAGGAGAAAGAAGAAAGUUGAUGAAGAUCAAGAAAGCGAUGAUUCGAUGGCUUCUGAUGCUUCAUCCGGUCCAAAGAAUUAUCAAAGUUAUGCUCGCGGUGGACAAGGUAGUCAAGGUAGGUCGGUGUCGAAAAAAGAUCAUAAACAAGAUCAUGGAAGCAAGAGUUGUUCUAAGAAGAAUGGAAAUAAACAAGAGAAGAAACGUGUUGAUAGUAGAAGUAAAAAAUGAUGAAAAUUUUUCAUUGUUCAUUCUUUGUAUAUGAUGUUUGGGAUUUUUGUAACCAUGCAUCUUCAAAAUUUGAAUUUGUUGAUUUGUACUCAUACUUCUCUACUCAUAGGAAAUAUCUCUAAAAUAUUCUUUCAAGUAUUGGAA